UACCACGUUAUUUCGUGAAAUGAGUUAAUUUAGAAAGCAAAAUUAUUUGAAAUUAAAACACAUGAAGAAUCAGACAGAUUAAGCUUUCACUUCUCAAAACCUUAUCCUCAUUUAUGUAUAAAUAUAUAUCCUUUACUACAGAAGCUAAGAUAUUCAAUAUUUAAAAUUACUUCAUUUCCGUAAUGGACCAACAAAUUAAGCCACAGACCUUCAAGAAAAAAUUGCCUUCAAGGCAAGAAAAAAAUUUGAAUUAUUCUUUCACGUCGAUUAAAGAUUUACCGAAAACAGCAAAGUCAGAAAGUUCUGAAUCUACUAGUCAAACCGAAGAAAUAAGUUCGAUUAGUUCCAUGCUCUCAUGUAGUUUAAACAACUCUUCAGCAUCAUUCGGAGAGUUAUCGAGGACAAAUUCUUGCUGUGGAUCUAGUCGUUCUGAAUCUAGUACCGAAAAAGUAUCCACUGGAAUUAACAAGUUGCCUUGUGGCAGCAAGGAAGGAGCCAAAUGGAGUAAGAUUCGCAUGUAUCAAGAACGGCAAAGGCGUAGAGAAGCUAGAAUAAAACGUGAAAGGAAGAAAGAAAGAGAAGGUCUUGGCAAGAAAAAAUCAAAACGCAAGAAAAAAUCUGGUAAAGGAAGCCAGAGUUCAUCCAGUUCGGCCAGCGGUACUCCAAUAAAGAAAAAGCGCACCCCCAAGAAAAAGUCUAAGAAAAAGUCGAAGAAAAAAGCAAAAUAAAAGAUUAUAUUACAUGUUCCAUUUCGAGUAAAUAGAACAAGUCUCGUUUCUUUUUCAGUCAAACUUAUGAAUGCAUGAAAAAGCGUACAGAGGGCACUUUAUCUAUUUGAUUCAUUAAUUUGUCUUCUAAUCCAUAUCUAUCAUCUUUCACUGGAAUCUUUGAUUUUCAAUGCUUUUUGUUGUAGAAUAUGUUUAUUGUAUCAAUUUUAUCUUUUUUUAUAUGUAAAGUCAUCUAGUAGUUAAAAGUAUAUGUUGGUUCCAUUGCCGUAUGUUCAAUUUAUUUGACGAAUUUUAAGAAGAAGGGCACUUUCUAGUUUUCUAGUUUCGG